AUGAUGCAAACAUUCGUUUUUAUAUAUGUUCUUUUCAUAAGUGCUUAUUGCGCACCUAUGUUCGAUGAACAACUCAACCAUCAAUGGUCUUUAUUUAAACGUAUUGAUAAAAAAAACCAUAUACUUCAAUGGAUGAAGAAACUAAUCGCUAUUCAAUCAUCAAAUGUUUUAUUCCAUCAUGUAAUAACUUUUGUACAUGGUCAACUUCAAGCAAUAUGUUCAAUUUCAGCAUUAACUCAACAAUUGUCGAUGCUCAAUAAAAAUUAUAUGGUUCAACAUAAAACUACUGAAAUACUUGAUACAAUAGGUACUAAUGGAUGUCGUCAUAUUCUUAAAACAUAUUUAAACGAUACAGAAUGUGUUGUACAUGAAAGUUAUAAAGCUACAUUUUAG